CUAUUUCUCUUGACUUGUUUCGGUUGACUCUUCCUUCGUUACUAUAAAACCCCUCAAACAAUUAUAUCUUCAAUUCAUAACUUCAUUUCAAUUUGAAAACUUACAUCUUCCCUUCAUCUCUAUAUUCUACUCCAUUUUUCAUCAAGAGUUCUUCUACCUUAUUUAUACAUCUCAUCUCACAUAUCACAAGCUUCCAUAACAAUGAUGAAAGUAGUGUUAAAGUUGGAGAUACAUGAAGACAGAAUCAAGCAAAAAGCUAUGAAAGCUGUCUCUGGCCUUUCAGGGGUUGAGUCAGUUUCAGUGGACAUGAAAGACAUGAAAUUAACUGCAAUAGGAGAUAUUGAUGCAGUCAAAGUAGUGGCUAAGCUAAGAAAGUUUUGUCAUGCUGAAAUAAUCUCUGUUGGACCAGCUAAAGAAGAAAAGAAAGAAGAACCUAAAAAGAAGGAAGAUGAUAAGAAGGAUUCAACAAAAAUAAAUAUUAUUGAUCCUUUCAUGUUCUAUGGAACACAUGCCUAUUACAGUCAUCAGAUAAAACCUCAAUACAAUCCUUACUACGGCACGGUUAGCGUCGAAGAGGAUCCUAAUAGUUGUGUCAUCAUCUAAGUUUUGUAUGCUAAUUUAAAGAUUAUUGAAUUUGUGUCUCUUUUUAUUUUGUAAAAGCACUAUGAUGUAUAGUGUAGAUUAUAAUAUGAGGCUUGCAAGACUAUUCUUUUACAUAUAAGUACAUUCUUAAUCAA